AUGGAACUGAGAAUACUGCUUUUUCAUUUAGUUCUAGUUCAUAGUGGAUAUCCACCGUCCGGUGAUGAAGUAAUACCAGGCAGUGUACUGCUUCCAGCCACAAGACGUGGGAGAUAUCUGGCGAACAUCGUGAGAAGACAGGCUGUAAUCAACGCAGAGGCUAAGAAGAAGGUGGAUGUUCUGUCCGAAGAACUGUUACCAUACAUAAUAGCAGAACAGGAGAGGCGUACAACUUUGUACAAGCGUAUAAUGACUGCGAUACAAAAUGGUGAAAAAGGCGUCACCAUAGCCGAGAUUCGAAAUAAACCACCGUUGAUUAUAAGAAAAGGAAUGCUUUACCGAUGCCCAUCAAACCGAGCCCCAAAAGAACCAGAUGGAUCUGGUAUCCUCAUGUGUGAAGACAGCAUCGAGCCGAGUCAAGUAAUGUACGACUCCUGUCUCAGUGCAGAGGACAAAGAGCUUUAUGUUGCUGAGAAUAAUUACUUCUUUUGUAAUCGUCACAAAAUCGAAGGUCCUGACUUGCCACGAAAUGGUUCAACCGUUAUAGGUUGUGCGCCGAUAGAGAGGACAUCUCUCAACUACACAAACCUCAAGUGUGCCUUGGAGGACACGGACGAUGUUGUUGUGCAUUACAGAUAUUAUCCUGAUAGGACGUACAAGUUUGUGACGGAACUGGAUCCAGACCGUGAAGUCUGCGAUCACUGGAACCCUUGUCAGAUCGGCUACAUUUACAGCCUACCUAGUCCCGACCAGGCCUUACUAGCUAGCGAACUAUGGCAGGACAGCUUGGAAGAGUUUGUGUCGCCACUAUCCACUGAAUAUUCGACGAGUCCACGAAAAGUCAUCAUUCCCGAAGGAUACGAACUCAAGGCGGUCAAGCGGAAGAGGCCCCAUAGCAAUCAAUUGGAAGACCUAGACGACCUGUCAUCGCCUACAUAUUCUCUCGAGUUCUCCCCUGACAAGACGUUCGUGACAGUCACUCUCUCCUUCUCUCCGUGGGCCAAGUCGAAGGAUUACGGAGAGUACUAUGUACAGUUUGGCAGUGCACGUCGCAAUAAGGAGAAAUAUGUGAAAUUGGUUAUUUUAUUGGGAAGUAUGACUACGAUCUCCUACCGCACCAUAGAGCUCUUGCAGGGUCAGCGAGCAAACACAUCGAGUAUUGCGUUCAAAUGCAACAGAUGCCGCCUGCUUAAUGUUAUUGUACGAGCCAGUGAUAGCAACAUAUACAAUUUAGACAGUUCAAGAUAUCGCUUAAGGGAAUAUCGAGAUAAAAAGCAACUACUGGAAAUCGAAGUGGAGGGAAUGAAGACACAAGAUUUCGGUGAUUAUUUUGCAGUGAUACAGAAUGGCGAAGGAUUGGAAGAGAGGGUUAAAGUUCUGAGUGUGCUAACGAUUAAAAUCCAGCGCCUCAGUGCGUCGUUUGACGUGGGCGGCCAUUUUGAUCGCACAAUGAAUUACACGUGCGAAGAAUGUUCUGUCACGGAUAUUCUGUGCAAUGGCGAAAGCGUGCUGUCUGCUGGAAGAGUAUCUGUAAUACACGUCACCAAUAUGAUUAGCUUCAAUUUUCCAAGAUUUGAAGACAACCACGCUUGCGUAUACAUGGGAUUCUUUAAGGAUAAGAACAAAUUCAUCAAAAAGAUAUUAGCUGUUAUUGAUAGUGUUGUAAUACCAGAAGUGGUGAAGUUGGCAUCACCAAAGAUCGGUGAGCAGUUCCAGCAGCAGGUGCCGUUCACCUGCAGUGAUUGUUCUGUUGAAAAGGUGUUCGUUAAUGGUAUACCGCUAGAGACGUCAUUUAGGCGGAAUUCUGUUGGGUCCAUUGCAAUAUUUACGGCGACUUCAACAGAGAUUACAAUAAGUAUAACAGAAUACACUCCAACAUAUGAGGGAGUGUAUCAAGCGGUAUUUGCGUCUGGUUCCGAUGCUGUCACUAAAACCAUUAUGGAGAUACGAGAUGAAGCUGAAACAACUCCAACUCAAGAAGAAACAACCGCUGGUAACUAA